AUGGCCGCUGCGGCCGGGGACGGCGCGGUGAAGCCGCUGCAGUGUGCCAUGAAGCUGGCCAACGGGGCCAUCGAGCUGGACACCGGCAACCGGCCCCGGGAGGCAUAUACAGAAUACUUGAGGAGCAUCCACUAUAUCUCCCAGGUGCUGCUGGAAGAAGUGGAAACCACCAAAGAAGCUGGGGAGACUGUGCCCCUGGAUACCUUGAAGAUGCUGAAGCUGGCAGAGCAGUGUCUGGAGAGGGCCCAGUCGACAGCUGCCAAGCUCGGGAAAGCAUGCCUGAAGACAGCCAUGCCCGUGGCUGCUCCUGUCCCCUCACCUACCAGCCGACACCGCCGGGUGUACUCAGACGAAGGGGGGAAGCUCCUCCCAUUUCUCCCACCUGAGAUCUUCCAGAGGCUUCAGGUGGUAGAGUCACAAAACUCUAAGAAGGAGCUGACACCCCUGGAGGAGGCCUCCCUGCAGAAUCAGAAGCUGAAGGCCGCAUAUGAGGCCCGGAUGGCCCGUCUGGACCCCAGCCAGGCCCUGCAGAAGACAUCGCUGACCCUGUCCCUGCAGCGGCAGAUGAUGGAGAACCUGGUGAUCGCCAGGGCCCGGGAGGAGACUCUGCAGAGGAAGAUGGAGGAGCGCCGGCUGCGGCUGCAAGAGGCCGCCAACAGGAGGUUCUGCAGUCAGGUCGCCCUGACGCCAGAGGAGCGCGAGCAGCGGGCCCUCUACGCCGCCAUCCUGGAGUACGAGCAAGACCACGACUGGCCGGCGCACUGGAGGGCCAAGCUCAAGAGGAGCCCUGGGGACCUGUCGCUGGUGACCAGCCUGGUGUCCCACCUGCUCAGUGUUCCCGACCACCCCAUCUCACAGCUCCUCAAGAAGCUCCAGUGUGCGGUGUACCGGGCUCUGUACCCCGUCGUGAGCCGGGGCGCUGAGGCUGCCUCAGCCCCUGGCUUCUGCUCCCUGCCCCCUGACGCUGACGGGCUGCUGGCCCCCGGACGCCGGAGGCUCCGGCCCUCCCAGAGCCUCUACUGCAUGCUCUCCCCCCCAGAGCCCAGCCCAGCCCCCCAGCCCCCUGACGACCCCCUCGCCAGUCCCCCCACACCCCUGUCCCAGCCUGGGCCCCCCGACAGAGGGGCGGACAGCAGCUCUAAGGGGCCUCCCUCAACCCUGGCGGGCAAGGACAGCUCCUUCGAGGACCUGGAACAGUUCUUGGCCACUUCUGAGAGGUGUGGCCCGGGCUCUGGGGGGCGGGCUGAGCCCCAAAACUCAGGGGUGAAGGAGGGGCCCCUGCUGGAGCAGCUGAGGAGCACCGCGAAGGACAUACACAAUGCCAUCGACAGGCUGCUCUCGCUCACCCUCCUGGCUUUCGAAGGCCUGAACACAGCCCCCUCCAAGGACCGCUGCCUGGCCUGCAUCGAGGAGCCCUUCUUCUCCCCGCUGUGGCCCCUGCUGCUGGCCCUCUACAGGAGUGUGCACCGCCCCCGGGAGGCUGCCCUGAGCAGGAGCAUGGAGCUGUACAGGGACGCGCCGCCAGCAGCCCUCGGCAUCCCCCCCAAGCUGCUCCCUCGGGACCCUGAGGCCCCCGGAGCCAGCGCCGCCCCCUACGGGGCGGCAGCCCAGGAGCUGGGGCUGCUGGUCCUGGAGAGCUGCCCCCAGAAGAAGCUGCAGUGCGUCGUGCGGGCCCUGCGGGUCAUCUGUGCCUGUGCUGAGGGUUACUACCGGGCCCAGGAGCCUGCACCUGAGGCUAAGCCACAGCCUGGCAUGGCUGCCAUUGGCGCUGACGACCUCCUGCCCAUCCUGUCCUUUGUGGUGCUGAGAAGCGGCCUCCCCCAGCUGGUGUCAGAGUGUGCUGCUCUGGAGGAGUUCAUCCACGAGGGGUAUCUGAUUGGAGAGGGGGGCUACUGCCUGACGUCGCUGCAGAGCGCCCUGAGCUAUGUGGAGCUGCUGCCCCGGGGGGCCCUGGGCAAGUAGAGCAGGACAGACCUGCCGAGGGCUGGCCAGGAGCCGCUCCGGGGGCUCUGCAGCUUUCGCCCCACCCAACCCGACCCCUGCCCCAAGGAGCUGCUCCUGGAAGGAUGGGCUGGGCUGGAUCAGGCCCGUCUCUUUCCUGCUCCAGGCUCCGAGAGACCCCGUGCAGGGAACUGGACUUGCGGGCUCCCCUGGGGGACACAAGGGCAGAGCAAGGGUGUGGGCCUUCUGUUCCCUGGGACAGCUCCCUGAGCCAGUUUCUUGUCAGAAUCAAGAAGAGCGUGUGCCAGCCCUCUGCUCUUGGAGGCCCGGGGCCCAGGUGGUUUGAGACUGUACUGCUUAUUUAUUGGGCACUGACAUCCCACUCCCCCCUGAGGCCCAGGCGUCCCCGGGGGACCUUCCCGUGUCUGAGGGCUCUGAGCCGCAUCCGCACCCUUGGCAUUGGGCAUCAAAACCCCCUGGCAGGUGGCUACCCCUGCACAUCCCCUUCCGGGUGGGUGAGAGCUUGAGGGUCAGCGCCUGCCUGCUCUGACUCCAGGUGCCCGCAGCAGCCCCUGACCUGGCUGGAAAUAAAAGAGGUCACUGGUGUCUCACUCCAU